UCCGGGGGGAGAGCAGCCGGGCGGCGCGCGCAGGGGGGCCCGGGCGGGCCGGAUGGGGGGCGCCGGGCGGGGGGCGCCGGCCGCCGCCUUCUGGAACCUGCUGCCGCCGCUGCUGCUGCUGCUGCUCGUCUCGGUACCCCGGAUUCGUCCCCAGGGCGCCCCCCGGCCGCUGCAGUGCCACCUUUUUGGACCCUUGGGGGACCUGAACUGCUCGUGGGAGCCUCUCGGGGACCUGGGAGCCCCCUCGGUGCUGCACCUCCAGAGCCAGAAGUACCAACUCAACAGAACCCAGACCGUGGCUGUGCCCGCCGGGCAGAGCUGGGUGGCCAUUCCUCGGGAACAGUUCACCACGUCUGACAGGCUCUUUGUCUGGGGGGCUGUGGCGGGCGGGCUUCUCUGGCCACCGGUACCCGUGAACCUGGACACCCGAGUGAAGCCGGGCGCCCCGAUGCUGGGCCCUGACAUGGAGUUUUCUGAGGACGAGCCCCUGGAGGCCAUUAUCCACUGGGCACCACCCGUGUGGCCAUCCCACGGGACCCUGGUCUGCCAGUUCUACUACCGUGGAUGCCAGGAGGAGGCCUGGACGCGGCUGGAGCCAGAACUGCAGUCCACAUCCCUGAUGCUUGUUGAGAUCCAGAACCUUGAGCCAGCGACCAGCUACGACGUGUCUGGCCGCUGCCGGAUGGUAGAAGAAGAGGAUUUAUGGGGCGAUUGGAGCCCUAUUCUGAACUUCCAGACCCCACCCUCCGCUCCAGAAGAUGUGUGGGUGUCUGGGAACCUCUGUGGGACACCAGCAGGACAGGAACGCCUGCUUCUGUGGAAGGCCCUGGAGUCCUGCGUGCAGGUGAGCUACAGAGUCCAGUUCUGGGUUGCAGGGCAGGACCUUCUCCAAGAGGGGAUCCCCUGCUGCAGCUGCCCCAUCCCCAGCCAGGCAGAGCGGGCCGGGGUGUCUGCCGUCAACGCCACGGACCGGGAGCCCCUCACCAACCUUUCUUUGGUCUGCUCGGGCUCUGCACCCCGUGACGUGGUGGUCAGCAGCGUUGCUGGGAGCCAGGAGCUGCUGGUGACCUGGCAGCAGGGGUCCAGGUUGCUGUUGGAACACGUAGUGGACUGGGCUCGAGACGGGGACCCCCCAGGGGACCUCAACUGGGUCCGGCUCCCCCCUGGGAAACUCAGCAUCCUGCUGCGAGGGAAUUUCGAGAGAGGGGUCCCCUAUCGAAUCACAGUGACCGCUGUCUCCCCCAGGGGCUUGGCCCCUGCCCCUUCCGUCUGGGGGUUCGGAGAAGAACUAGCACCCCUGGCGGGGCCAGUGCUUUGGCGACUGAAGGACUCCCUCCCAGGGACCCCUGUCGUAGCCUGGGGAGAUGUCCCAAGGCGACAGCUCCGGGGCCACCUCACCCACUACACCAUGUGUGUGCAGAACGGAGCCAGGGCCCCCGUGUGCAUGAAUGUGAGUAGCGGCGCCCGGAACGUCACACUGCACGACCUCCACUGGGGCCCCUGUGAGCUGUGGAUGAUGGCGUCCACCACCGCGGGGCAGGGCCCACCUGGGCCCAGCCUCCACCUUCACCUGCCAGACAACUCCCUGCGGUGGAAAGUCCUGCCGGGUGUCCUGCUGCUGUGGAGCUUGCUGCUGAUGGGCUGUGUCCUGGGCCUGGCUACCUCCGGCAGGUGCCUCCACCUGCGGCACAAGGUGUUGCCUCGCUGGGUCUGGGAGAAGGUUCCGGAUCCUGCCAACAGCAAUUCCAGCCAGCACCAUGUAGAGGAGGUGCCCCAGGCCCAGCCCCUCAGGGACUUGCCCUACCUGGAGGUGGAGGAGAUGGAGCCACUGCCAGUUCCGGAGCCCCCCCAGGCCCCUGCCCCACUUGAUUCUGGAUACGAGAAGCACUUCCUGCCCACACCCGAGGAGCUGGGUCUCCUGGGGUCCCCUAGAUCCCAGGCUCUGGCGUGAACCUUACCCCAGGAUGGGGGCUUCAGGCCACAUUACAGGGGAGCUCAUGGAGGCCUCAUCUCAGCUCUGGGUCAGUCCUUCUGGCAGAAAAAGAGACUGAGGGUCAGAGUGGUCUACAGACUCAUAGACGGUACCCAGCCAGGAAGAGCUGGGAUUGAAGGACCCCUGCAGGGAAAGUGCUGGCCCCAGCAGGGAAUACAUGGAAGGACAGAGGAGCAAAGGAAAAGAGGUGCAAUUGAAAACAUCAGCUGUGGCUGGGAACCAUCCCAGCCUCCCUCGCAGCCAGCAUGCAGCCAUGGACUAAAUUCUCAUCCACGGAACUCGAGCAGAAGAACCGUGUGCCAGCCCGGGUCUGGGUGGGCCUUAAAAUGCUGGGUGGGGGCUCUCUGCCUUCCCUUUCCUUUUCCUGCGAGCUGGAACACAGACAUCCUGCCAUCCUGCUUUGACCGCGUCCAAGAGGAGGGUGGGACGAGAAGUGGGAAGGAGAAAUAAACUUUUAUGUUUUUCUA